CACAGAUGAUGUGAAGAACACAGACAUAAAAAAGCAGAAAAGGAGAAGGAGAGAGAAACAGUAACUCUCAGAGGUCACUGUGGAGAGGAGAGAACAGGGCACAAGGAGUGUUUGUGCCUCUGAAAAGAAGAGUUUGUGUCAGAGGGAGAGUCUGUCUCACUCAUCGAAUCAGGAUGUUUGUUCUCAUCUGGGCAACUCUGCUUUUCUCUGUGAGAAGCAAUGCUGACACAGGUGCAGAUUUGGGAAGACAAUUCUGUAACAGAGGAUACUGUAUCACUCUCAGUGAAGGAGAAAUAACAGCAGUGGCCGGACUCUGUGUUGUGAUACCGUGUCUUUUCACCACUGGAUAUGGCUUUAUACCCCAACAUAUAGUUUGGUACAAAUGUGAACCAUCUAAACCAAAAUGUGAUUCAGACAUUAUAUUUAACACCAACAGAAAUAACAGUAAAGUUCAGUCUGGGUUCAAAGGACAAGUGUCACUGUUGGAGCCUGAUGUGUAUCAGGGGAACUGCAGCAUCAUCGUCAAUGACCUCACAGAGUCCGACUCUGGAUCAUAUCAACUCAGAGUAAAUGGUUUCCUGUAUGGGAGGGGAGUUGGAUAUACAUUCUAUACAAGAGCAAGAGUCUCUGUUAAAGGUCUGACCCAGAGGCCCACAGUGAUGAUUCCUCCUCUGACAGAGGGACAGCAGACCACACUGACCUGCACUGCUCCUGGUCUCUGCUCUGGAUCUGACCCUGAAAUCACCUGGAUGUGGAGAGGAGCAGGAGGGAAGGACUCUCACAUCACAGGAAACAUCACUGCUUUCAAGACUGAGGAUCUGACUGCUUUCACUCAGAGACACAGCUCAACUUUGACCUUUAACCCUUCAGCUAAACACCACGGCACCGAUGUCACCUGUAAGGUCAGCUUCACAAACAGCAUCUCAACAGAGGAGACAGUGACUCUGAACGUGACCUUGUAUCCAAAAAUCCUAAAUAGCUCUAAGUGUGAGCUUCAGUCAGAGGUCCUGACCUGUGUGUGUAUCAGUGAGGGGUUUCCAUUACCCACAAUCAGAUGGCCGCUGUUGAAGAACCAAGCAGAGUACUCUGUUACGACCACUGUGUCAAACCACACAGUCAACAGCACCCUCACCCUAACUGUCAAGGACCACAGCAACACUGCUGUUGAGUGUGUGAGCAGCAGUGAAGUUGGGAAAGCAAAGGCAAACCUCAUCAUUGUGACUUCAGAGAGGCGAGAAGCAGAUGAACAUGGACCGUGUGCAGUGCUUCUCUGGACUGUCGUCACUGUUGUAUCUCUCAUCGUGAAUGUCCUCUGCAUAAUCCUCUUGAUGUUCCUUUGGAUCACAAGAAAAAAGGUGAAACCAAACCAAGAGGACAGAACGUACAUGUCACUGCAGAAAACAGGCCCAUCACCAGAGUAUGAUGUGAUUGUCUAACCUCUGAACUAACAAGUGUCAGCUUCCAUUGAGCGAAGGAGAAGACGGCUCGUCCAUACUUCCAUUCAACAUGUGUCAUGAUUUAUAAAUAUAACAUUUCUUUAAAUUAUCUGAAUAUGAUUAAAACUUAAAUUUAGCAUUUGUAUUUUUGUUUUAGUUUAUAUCUUAUGAACCUUUAAUGAACCGGGAGACGUCCACUGAUCAUGCAUUAGGCUAGUAUCAAGUGCUUUGCAGAUAUAUCAACCGGUCUGGAGAUCUGUUUUUGAUAAUAA